UUUUUUCUGUGUUUUGGAAUUUAACCUUAUAAAUUCAAAAAAUAACAAACACUAAGCAAUCGAGUUAUUUCUGAUGCAAAAUGCCGGAUAUUAAAUUAACUCCGUUAGGUGCCGGUCAAGAUGUUGGUAGAAGCUGUAUACUCUUAUCUAUGGGAGGUAAAAAUAUCAUGUUGGAUUGCGGUAUGCACAUGGGAUAUAACGACGAAAGAAGAUUUCCCGAUUUUACUUAUGUCAAUCCCGAAGGACCUCUUACUCCAUUCAUAGACUGUGUUAUAAUUUCCCAUUUUCAUUUAGAUCAUUGUGGAGCACUUCCCUAUAUGUCAGAAAUGGUAGGCUAUAAUGGCCCUAUUUACAUGACACAUCCCACAAAAGCUAUUGCUCCUAUAUUACUAGAAGAUAUGAGAAAAGUUUCAGUUGAACGAAAAGGAGAGCAAAAUUUCUUCACUUCUCAAAUGAUAAAAGACUGUAUGAAAAAAGUUGUGGCUGUGACAUUACAUCAAUCUGUAAUGGUAGAUAAUGAUAUUGAAAUUAAAGCCUAUUACGCUGGACACGUCUUAGGUGCUGCUAUGUUUUGGGUGAGGGUAGGAUCUCAAUCUAUAGUAUAUACUGGAGAUUAUAAUAUGACACCUGAUAGACACUUAGGAGCUGCUUGGAUUGAUAAAUGUAAACCAGAUGUUUUGAUUUCCGAAGCUACUUAUGCUACAACAAUAAGAGAUUCUAAACGAUGUCGAGAGAGAGAUUUCUUGAAAAAAGUUCAUGAAUGUAUAGAUAAAGGAGGAAAGGUUUUGAUUCCUGUAUUUGCUUUAGGGAGAGCACAAGAGCUUUGUAUAUUACUAGAGACUUAUUGGGAAAGAAUGAAUUUAAAAGCACCUGUUUAUUUUGCUUUAGGUUUAACUGAAAAGGCUAAUAAUUAUUACAAGAUGUUUAUUACUUGGACUAAUCAGAAAAUUAGAAAAACCUUUGUUCAAAGAAAUAUGUUUGAUUUUAAACAUAUUAAACCAUUUGACAGACAAUAUAUGGAUAAUCCUGGACCUAUGGUGGUUUUUGCCACUCCAGGUAUGUUGCAUGCAGGUCUGAGUCUACAAAUUUUCAAGAAAUGGGCUCCAAAUGAAAAUAAUAUGGUGAUAAUGCCAGGUUUUUGUGUACAGGGAACAGUUGGACAUAAAAUAUUGAAUGGUGCUAAAAAAAUUGAAUUUGAAAAUCGACAAAUUGUGGAGGUGAAAAUGUCUGUAGAAUACAUGAGUUUUUCAGCACAUGCUGAUGCAAAAGGUAUAAUGCAGUUGAUUCAAUAUUGUGAACCUAAAAAUGUUAUGUUAGUGCAUGGAGAAGCUGAGAAAAUUGCCUUCUUGAAGGAUAAAAUAGAGCAAGAAUUUAGUAUAAAGUGUUUUGAUCCUGCCAAUGGUGAAACAGCUAUUAUUCAGACCCCUGUUAAAAUGCCUGUGAAUGUUAGUUUACAACUACUGAAAAAUGAAGCUAAAGCUUUUAAUGCUCUACCUCCAGAUCCAAAAAGAAGACGUACUUUACAUGGGGUAUUGAUGAUAAAAGAUAGUAAUAUAAGUUUUGUAGAUGUAGAUGAAGCAUGUAAAGAAGCUGGUAUUAAUAGACAUAUAAUAAGAUUUACCUCAACAGUUUACAUCAAUGAUUCUGGACCAGCAAUAUCAACGGCUCAUAAACUUUAUGAUAUUAUGAAAGAGAAAUUGUCCCAGUGGACAGUAACUUUUGUUGAUGGAGAAAUAUCAGUAGAAUCAGUUAUGAUUACUGUGGAAGGGGAAGAAAGUGAUCAUAAAGGUGUUAGAGUAACAUGGACAAAUCAAGAUGAAGAUAUAGGGAGCUUUGUAUUGAAUUUGAUCAAUAACAUAGGACAGUAAUGAUAAGUUCAAUAAAGAAAUAUUUUUACAAAUUGAGCAAAUGUUUUUUAUCUGCUUUACUAGAAGAUUUAUUCAAAAGGUCUCAUCCAUUCUUAAGAAUAUAGGUGCACAAACGAGCAUAUUGAAUCGAAACUUUUUCAAGUUUGGAUGUAGACUAAGUCAGUGUUUUAAGAAUUACCACAGCAAGCUUAGUCUAAGAUAACUUGGGAAAAGCAAUAUUCAAAGUUCGUACAUUAUUGAUUUGUUUAACUCUCUUUGUAUCCAUAACAAUUGAACUCAAUAUGUAUGGUUCAGUGAAAGAAACUGCACAAUAAAAAUAAUUGAGUAAUCUACUA